AUGGCAAUGGUUCUUCAUUAUUACAGGGGUCAUAACUCUGGGUACCGCCGCCGCAUACUUCAUGUGGUUUCCAGAUUCGCCGGCCACCGCCUGGUUCCUCACCCCGAAGAGCGUGCGAUGGCAAUCGAGAGAAUCAAGGUGAAUCAGACAGGGGUAGAGAACAAAGUUUGGAAAAAAGACCAAAGCGUUGACAGACUACAAGACCUGGUUGUUUGCUCUGUUCUCGUGCCUCGGAACCAUUCCAAAUUCCUUAACAAAUCAACGAAGCAUAAUUAUAAACUCGUUUGGUUUUUCAACUCUUCAAACGACACUCUUGGCGUGCGUGGACGGCGUCGUCGAGAUAAUAACAAUCUACACCGGAGUCCUGCUGGCUUCAAAGUGGAAAGACGGGCGCGGAUAUGUGGCUGCUCUGUACUUUGUGCCAAACAUAUUGGGUUCGGUCCUGAUGAAUACACUACCAUGGUCAAACCAAAUUGGUCUCCUAUUCUCAUUGUGGAUCACUGGGGUCGGAACUACCGGGUUCGUACUUUCACUAGGAUGGUUGACAGCUGUCGUCGCGGGGCAUACAAAGAGGAUCACGCCAUUAUGCUGUCCGCAUAUUGUGUGGGGAAUCUCGUAGGUCCGCAGAUGUGGCAGGAAAAGUAUAAGCCUAGGAACCGGAUACCAUGGGCUGUAAUUACAAUAUGCUAUGUCCUCUGCCCUAUCACUCUUCUGAGCCUACGCUUCCUUCUCGCGCGAGAAAACCAAAGACGAGAUGCCGAGCCCAACGAGGACGACAUGGGCGAGGUCUAUAUUGAAGAAGUUCUUGUAGAUGGAACGAAAAUCGAACGAAGGGUCGACAAGGCUUUCCUCGACCUGACGGAUAUUCAAAAUCGGGAGUUCAGAUAUGUCCUUUGA